AUGGCCGCCCUCGGCCGGCCCUUCAGCGGCCUCCCCCUGAGCGGCGGCUCGGACUUCCUGCAGCCGCCGCCGCCGCCAGCCUUCUCCGGCCGGGCCUUCCCGCCGGGGCCGGGACCCCGCGUCCCUCCGAGCAGCGCGGGCGGGAGCGCGGCGCGCGGACGUGUUUCCGUUCCCUGCAAAAAGAAACACAAGCUAGAGGACGAGGAUGAUGAUUGCCCAGUAAGAAAGAAAAGGCUAACUGAAGCAGGGCUCUGUGCUGGUCCUAAUGACUGGAUUCUUUGUGCACAUCAGGAUAUAGAGGGUCAUGGAGUAAAUCCAUGCACUAGUGGCCUUUCUGCACCUGGCAUGUUAGAUGUUAUUUGUGAAGAAAUGGAUCAGACAACUGGAGAACCACAGUGUGAAGUUGCCAGAAGGAAGCUUCAGGAAAUUGAGGACAGAAUAAUUGACGAAGAUGAAGAAGUUGAAGCUGACAGAAAUAUUAACCAUCUCCCCAGUCUUGUCCUUUCUGAUGCUAUGAAAACAGGUUUGAAGAGGGAAUUUGAUGAAGUCUUUACAAAGAAAAUGAUUGAGUCCAUGAGCCGUCCUUCCAUGGAGCUGGUGCUCUGGAAACCUCUCCCUGAACUCCUUUCUGAUAAGCCAAAGCCGUCACCUAGUGCUAAGAGCUACACAAGAGAGAGCCAAGCUAAGCACGCCUCUACCGACACCACCUUCCCCCGGAGAACUGAACUGUUCUUGGAACCCCGGCCGACCGGGCUGCCUAUUUACAACAGUUUGGAGGCCGCUGCUUGCACAGAAGAAGAGAUGGAACUCUAG